GCCAUAGCUCCAUUAAACUGCAGCAGGGAAAUAUUACAACACUAGGGGGUAAAGAAGAAAAUGUGUAUUUAUACAUUAAAACGUCUGCAAACUGCCUGGGAACCCACAGAGCUUGCAAGAUGAGUGAAGAAAGAACAAAGAAGAGGAAAGAUGGGAGUUUCAUGCCUGUCCCAGGUGCUCCAAUUAGGCCAUUAGGCAGGAGGUACCAGCCAGGUCUCAUGAAAGUUUUUGUUGUUUCCUUUCAGAAAAGGGAUUCUGGGUUUCUCUUUUUCAUCAGUCAACGAUUCACUUAGCAAACUUUUUCCUCUCUGCAGAAUGAUAAAAAUCUGGUCAAGUUUUGGGUUGUCACCAUGGAGAGUUGAUCCACAUUGCUCUGGGAGUUUCAGCCAGGUCAGGUCGGCUAGCAAACUGGUCUGUGGACAGCAGCUCGUGGCGCGCGGGAACACUUUCCUGCCGCAGGAAUCGUUGUCGCCUCCAGGGGCGCUGCCAGCCCUUCCAGGCACAGAGCUGACCCAAACCAGGUUGGAGCUCAGGAUAAAAGAGGCCCGAGAAUAGUGUUAAAAUUGCAGAAACGAGAGGAAGCAGGGCCGGUUAAGUCCUUGGCCUGGAUCAAAAGGCAUACUAGCCGAUUGCUUCCUUUUCAAGGAGCGUCAUGCGCUCCCCAGAAAAUGACAGCCAGGAGCAACAGUGUAAGGACUUCAGAAAGCUCCUGUCGCGCGCGCUGGCUGAGUGGGAAGAGCGCGGGGAACCACAGCUGCAACGACGGUCACGUGCUGAUAGAGGUGAAGGGUUCUGGCCCCGCUUCCCAACUUUGAAACUAGAGGUGUUUAUUUAAGGGGGCAAAGUGCAUUCCUAGACUUGGCAGCGACUGGAUACGCUGGGCUACUUCCCAAACCAGCAAGUGAGAGUCAGACAAAGGGCAGAAACUUCUCUGGCCACUUUGCCCGACACAGCGACCACCGACUUUUCAGAACAGCCAAAUAGCUUUCGGGACGCGCGGGGCCCCUCAGGCGCCCGCCCCGCCCGCCUGGGUCUGGCCCCCGCCGCCCCGCACGCCUGCAGGGGGCGCCCGAGCGUGGCUAAAAGGCGCGGCCAACGGCGGGCGGCCUCAGUGGCGAAGCCAGGCAGCCUGUGCGCGGCCAGGAGCGAUCGCCGCGGGGCUGGAGCGCGGCGGGCACAGCGGCAGAGCGCACAGACCAGACGUACUGCGGAGGGGACCCGACAGCGGUGCUUCCAUAUUCCGCUGACUUGGGCCAUUGCCCCUCGGCCAGCCGCCCGCGACCCCCGCCGGCGCACCCCACGCUCUCGAUGGCCCUCGAGUGCGGGGCUGCCCCGCGCGCGCCGCGCCCGCUGUCCUGGGCGGCGCUGCUGCUCCUGGCCGCGCUGCUCCCCGUAGGCUCCUCGGAGGCGGCCCCAGUUGACCACCCACUGAAGCCAAGGCACGUGAAACUGCUGUCCACUAAGAUGGGCCUGAAAGUCACGUGGGACCCACCCAAAGAUGCUACCAGUAGACCCGUGGAGCAUUACAACAUUGCCUAUGGAAAGUCACUGAAAAGUCUUACAUACAUCAAGGUGAAUGCGGAGACAUACUCCUUCCUUAUUGACGACGUGGAGCCGGGGGUAGUGUACUUUGUGCUGGUUACUGCAGAGAACCACAGUGGAGUGAGCCGACCAGUUUACAGAGCUGAGAGCCUGCCUGGAGGUGAAUGGAUCAAGAUUGAUGGACCCUCCAUUAAGGGUCCAGCAUCAUUUAAUGAAACCGUCACAGAGAAGGAAGCGCCCAACAAGCCCCUACGUGUGCGCGUCCGGUCCUCAGACGACAGGCUGUCUGUGGCGUGGAAGGCGCCGCGCCUGUCUGGAGCCAAGAGUCCACGCAGAUCUCGGGGUUUUCUUCUGGGCUACGGGGAGAGUGGCCGGAAGAUGAAUUAUGUUCCACUGACCAGAGACGAGCGGACACACGAAAUCAAGAAGCUCGCCUCGGAAUCCGUGUACGUGGUCUCCCUGCAGUCCAUGAACUCCCAGGGCCGGAGUCAGCCAGUCUAUAGGGCUGCCCUCACGAAGCGCAAGAUCUCAGAAGAGGACGAGCUGGAUGUGCCCAAAGACAUCAGUGUCCGAGUCAUGUCAUCCCAGUCGGUGCUUGUGGCCUGGGUGGAUCCUCUCUUGGAAAAGCAGAAGAAAGUUGUUGCAUCAAGACAGUACACCGUGCGCUAUCGAGAGAAGGGGGAAUCGGCCAGGUGGGAUUACAAGCAGAUCGCCAACAGGCGCGUGCUGAUCGAGAGCCUGAUCCCAGAUACCGUGUAUGAAUUUGCAGUCCGUAUCUCCCAGGGUGAAAGAGAUGGCAAAUGGAGUACAUCUGUCUUCCAAAGAACACCGGAAUCUGCUCCGACCACUGCUCCUGAAAACCUGAAUGUGUGGCCUGUGAAUGGCAAACCUACGGUUGUCACCGUGUCCUGGGAUGCGCUGCCGGAGACUGAGGGAAGAGUGAAAGAAUACAUUCUUUCAUACGCCCCGGCUCUCAAACCAUUUGGAGCAAAGUCCCUCACCUACUCUGGACACACUACUUCUGCCCUGGUGGAUGGUCUGCAGCCUGGGGAACGCUAUCUGUUCAAAAUCCGGGCGGCAAACAGGAGAGGCCCGGGGCCACACUCCAAAGCCUUCAUUGUCACUAUGCCAACAACCAGCACUAGUGAGUCUGAUGUUCAGCAGAACACCAAUGAUAACUGGAAACCCAAGAAACCGGAGCCUUCCUCACCUUCUCCCAAAGAUCCAGGCAGAAAUGUCAAGGACCCUCUCCUUGACUUGAAGAACAAAAUACUGGCCAAUGGCGGGCCGCCCAGAAAACCCCAGCUCCGCCCUUGGAAGACUGAAGAGUCAGAUCGGCAGUCCACGGAGGUCACCGAUGAGGAGGAGCUGGAUUCCCUGGAAAACCCACCCAAGUUGCCUUCAGAGACCCAAGACCAGAGGCGAGCCCUAAGGCCACCAAGUAGAUCUGGCCAGUGGCUUCCAGGCAGGACUCCAGCCAGAGCCCGAAUGCCACUGCUGCCCCGGAAGGAAGGCUUAGAUAAGCGUGGCCCCUCAUUGGCCACCCAUCCUCGCCCAGCAGCUACCCCCUCUGCGGAGUCCUAUCCUGGCCACCACCAGGCCCCCCAGGGGCCCUCUCCCCACCCUGCUGGGGGACCCUCUGACAGCUCUAUUGACAAUGACUCGGUGGACCAAGAUGAGGACAAGCAAGCUGAAGGCCCUCUCUACCCCAAGGCUGCCUCACCCCAGCAGCCGCCUUCUAAGAACCCAGCCCAGGCUCGUCCGGCCCUGUUCCCCAGCCGCCAGGGGGCCUCCAGCAUCCUGAGGGACAGAAGCCCAGUACACAACGGUGCAAAACCAGUCUUCCCUGCACGAAGGACGUCCCAGUCUGGGGCCAUGGAGGAAGAUUCCAGAGCUCCAGCCCCACCCUCGAGACUUUCCCCACCCCACAGAGGCUCAUCUCGCCUACUGCCCACCCAACCUCACCCGGGUCCCCCUCUCUCCAGGGGCUGGAAGGAUGUUAAUGGUCAGGAGUCCCCUGCCACCAAUUACCAUGCAUCCUCACAGUCUACCCUGUCUUCCUCGGUCUCUUCUCCUCUCUCUUCCAGGACACAGGUCUCUGAGGAAGUGGACACUUCUGAUGACUGGGGAGAUGGUGACCGGACCACAGAAAACACUGGGAGGCAGGCAGAGGCCACCACCCCAAGCUUGAGGGCCCGACCUGCCUCUGGACCCCUGAGUUUGCUCCGGAACAAGGCCUUUGCCUCCAAUGGCAGGUCUUCAAACAGGCUGACCAAUAGCCGGGGACCACGACUGCAGCCCUCUACCUCCCCGCAGUCCACCAUGGCUUCCCGAGUCCCCUCCAGGGGUCGUUCCCAGCCAGCUUCCCACUCUAGACUUGGCUCAGAUAUCCAUGGAGAGGGGGAGGAUGAGAAGCCACUUCCAGCCACUGUGGGCAACGAUCACGUGCCCUCCUCCAGGCAGCCCACCUCUCGAGGCUGGGACUCUCUAAGAAGAGACCCCCAGAGAGGAACCAGCCUGUACCGGAAGGAGCUCACCCCUGAAAUCCCCAAAUCUGCGACAGAUGCACAUCCUCAGGGCAAAUCCUCCUCUCUGUCCUCUAAGGCACAGGACGUUCAACAGAGCACGGACGUGGACGCCGACGGUCAUUCUCCCAAAACGCAGCCAGUGGUCACGGGCCGCCAACUGUCCCCUGCUCGUCCUCCCGCAGCAAGGUGGCAGCCCUACCCUGGGUCCAGUGUUCCUAGAAGGACGGCACCUGACCGCGCCUACGAAAAGCAGCCCCCUCCACCCGUCUCCCCGCCCCGGCACCAGUCCCCCAGCCCCCAGAGCCAGGACGCAGACCGGUCACUUUCCCAGCCCAAGCUCGCCCUUGCCCAUGCAGGGCGUCCUCGCCCCACAUCGCAGGGCGGCGCCCACUCCAUCUCAGACCCUUACACAGCGAGCUCCCGAGGGGUGCUGCGCCCGGCUGCCCAGGGCCAGGACGGGGACUCCCAGAACAGCUACGAGGACAACAGCACCGAAGUCGAGGCCCCGGAUGUCCAGGUCCCCCCCGACACUGCCCGCACGAAGGAUGCCACCCCGUCCCUGUCCAAGCACCGUCAGGUGGCGUCUUCCACAGGGAAAGGUGACGACAAACCCCAGCGUGGCCCCACAGGCUUCACUCUGCGACCCAGCCGGCCAGGCGGCCCCCACUCCCGCGCCCGGGCCCCUGGCAGGGCCGGGGUCCAGGCCACACCCGGGAAGAAAGAGCCUCCUUCCAAGUGGCCCUUGCAGUCCAAGUCUCAGCAGUCAGUGUCCGCCGAGGAGGAGGACGAGGAAGAGGAGGACGCGGGAUUUUUAAAAGGAGGAAAGGAGGAUCCCCUGUCUCCCUCUGUUCCAAAGUGGCCUUAUUCCUCUACCCCCAGGGGCAGCAAAUAUGCGGACGGGAGCCUUGCCAAGGACAGGACUGCCAUGGUGCUGGCUCCCCGAGGAGGGAGCUCUGCGCAGGAAGAGCACCCCACUCCUGGGAAGCGACCUCCUCUCCCACCUCUGGGAAGUCCCCCCAGAGUGGCACACCUCCCCACCAGACAACCGCCGCGCGGCUCUGCCACCCCGAGUCUCGUCCUGAGCACCCAGUCCUGGCCGCGGUACACCACUCGCGCUCCUCCCAGCUACUCCUCCACCACCCCAAUGCUCUCCUUGCGCCAGCGCAUGCAGCGCAGAUUCCGCACCCCUGUCUCGCGCCAGCCUCCGAGACCUCCUCAAGUGCAAGGUUAUAAUGGCAGACCAAAAGUAGAAGAGAAAGUACUUCCUGGUAAUAAUGGGAAACCGAAUGGACAAAGAAUUAUCAAUGGCCCUCAAGGAACAAAGUGGGUCGUGGAUCUUGACCGUGGGUUAGUGUUGAAUGCGGAAGGGAGAUACCUUCAAGAUUCACAGGGAAAUCCUCUUCGGGUGAAACUGGGCGGAGAUGGUCGCACCAUCGUUGAUCUAGGUGGGACCCCCGUGGUGAGUCCUGACGGCCUCCCACUCUUCGGGCAGGGGCGACACGGCAAACCCCUGGCCAGUGCCCAGGACAAGCCCAUUUUGAGUCUUGGUGGGAAGCCGCUGGUGGGCUUGGAGGUCAUCAAAACAACCACCCGCCCUCCUACCACGACCCCACAACCCACUACCACAACUACCACUGUGCCCACCACCACCACAACACGGCCCACGAGGGCUACCACCCGCCGCACGACCACCACCCGCCGCACCAUCACCACCACCCGCCCAAGGACCACUACGCGGCCUACCACCACCACCACCACCACCACCACCACUACCACCCCGGAACCCACCACCCCUGUCCCCACCUGUCCCCCUGGGACUCUGGAACAGCACGAUGAGGAUGGCAACCUGAUAAUGGGCGCAAACGGGAUCCCAGAGUGCCACCCUGAGGAAGAUGAAUUCUCAGGCCUGGACACAGAAAUGCCCACAGAAGAGGCCUACGUCGUUUACGAUGAAGAUUAUGAGAUUGAGACCACAAAACCACCGGCAACCACCCAGCCCUCGGCCACCACCCAGCCCUCGGCCACCACCCAGCCCUCGACCACCGCUGCCAUACCAAAGGUCAUCCCAGAGGAAGGCCCCAUCAGGUCCUUUCCUGAGGAAGAAUUUGAUGUGGCCGGACAGAAACGAUUUGUUGCUCCUUAUGUGACGUACCUGAGUAAAGAUCCAUCAGCCCCGUGCUCGCUGACUGAUGCUCUGGAUCAUUUCCAAGUGGAGAGCCUGGAUGAAAUUAUUCCAAACGACCUGAGGAAGAACGACCUGCCUCCUCGGCAUGCACCCCGCAACAUCACGGUGGUCGCCAUGGAAGGCUGCCACUCUUUUGUCAUCGUGGACUGGGACAAAGCCACCCCUGGAGAUGUGGUAACAGGGUACUUGGUCUACAGCGCAUCCUAUGAAGACUUCAUCAGGAACAAGUGGUCCACUCAGGCUUCCUCUGUGACUCACUUGCCCAUUGAGAACCUGAAGCCAAACACAAGGUACUACUUUAAAGUUCAAGCCAAAAAUCCUCACGGCUAUGGGCCCAUCAGCCCUUCUGUCUCUUUUGUUACAGAAUCAGAUAAUCCUCUACUUGUUGUGAGGCCACCAGGUGGUGAGCCCAUCUGGAUCCCGUUUGCUUUCAAACAUGACCCUGGCUACACCGACUGCCAUGGCCGGCAGUACGUGAAGCGGACGUGGUAUAGAAAGUUUGUGGGAGUCGUGCUCUGCAAUUCGCUGCGGUAUAAGAUCUAUCUCAGUGACAACCUGAAAGAUACAUUCUACAGCAUCGGAGACAGCUGGGGAAGAGGCGAAGACCAUUGCCAGUUUGUGGAUUCCCACCUUGAUGGAAGAACAGGGCCUCAGUCCUAUGUAGAAGCCCUCCCUACCAUUCAAGGUUACUAUCGCCAGUAUCGCCAGGAGCCUGUCAGCUUUGGCCAAAUCGGUUUUGGAACCCCCUACUACUAUGUGGGCUGGUACGAGUGUGGGGUCUCCAUCCCAGGAAAGUGGUGACCACAGGAUCGUCACACUGCAAGUUGACCUGCCCAGCCCCGUUGACUAGUUCUUACCAUGGACUGUGAGCAGAAGGAUGGAGAAAGACUGUGCCCCAAGCCCAGAUGCCCACUGGGUGUCAUGGCGGCCACAUGAUGGACACUGGACAUUUUGGUCAUCUUCAGUCUGAAACCCAGUCGCACUUCUUGGCCUGGACUCAGUUUUGUGGAAACUUCACUUCUGCACAAUUUUUUAUCUGUUACAGCAGAUCUCAGAGACAUCUGAAACCACAGCUGAUUCAGGGCGAGUUCCAGGCUCUAGGCACAAAACUCAAACCCUAAUGUCUCCAGGGAACAGCGUGAGCAUGCUGUGCUUGCUUCCAUAAAACACUUUCUGUUUUUUCUCAUUCUCGACUCCUCUAAAAUCAGCUGAAUUUAAGCUUCAGGUCUUUUUGUAUGCACUAGAACUGAAUUACUAAGAAUACUGCUAAAGAAAAUAUAUUCUACCUAAGAUUUUUUUCUAUGGACUUACCUACCACUAGAUUAAAUGCAUCCAAUUUUAUUUGUAAAUUCUCAAUUUUGAUAUAUAUAUAUGUAUAUAUGCAUAUACAUAUCCACACUUGUCUGCAAAAAAUACUGAUUAAAAUGGCUGAAUUUGUA